AUGGCUCCCAACAACCUCCCCGCGGCCUUCGCGCCCACCAGCCAGGACAUUGAGAUGCUUCUGGCUGCUCAGUGCCACCUCGGCUCCAAGAACCUCCAGGUUCACAUGGAGCCUUACCUCUGGAAGACCCGCCCGGAUGGUAUCAACGUCCUCAACAUUGGCAAGACCUGGGAGAAGAUCGUCCUCGCUGCCCGCAUCAUCGUCGCCAUUGACAACCCGGCCGACAUUUGCGUCAUCUCCGCUCGUCCCUAUGGCCAGCGUGCCGUCCUGAAGUUCGCCGCCCACACCGGUGCUGUCGCCAUUGCUGGCCGCUUCACCCCCGGUAACUUCACCAACUACAUCACCCGCUCCUUCAAGGAGCCCCGCCUGAUCAUCGUCACCGACCCCCGCACCGAUGCCCAGGCCAUCAAGGAGGCCUCGUACGUCAACAUCCCCGUCAUCGCCCUCUGCGACACCGACUCUCCCACCGAGUUCGUCGACGUUGCUAUCCCCACCAACAACAAGGGCCGUCACGCCAUUGGUCUUGUCUGGUGGCUCCUUGCCCGUGAGGUCCUCCGCCUCCGUGGCACCCUCGCCAGCCGUGAGACCGAGUGGGACGUCAUGACCGACCUGUACUUCUACCGCGACCCUGAGGCCGAGGAGAACAAGGACUCUGCCGGCGUUGAGGAGGCCAAGGUCCCCGGCGCUGACGAGGUCGGCACUGCCCCCGUUGAGGGUGGCUUCACCAACGAGUGGGAGGUCUCUGGCGCUGGUGCCGGCGCCUUCGCCGCCGCUUCCGGCACCGCUGGCGUCGCUGCCGGUGCCUCCUGGGACCAGGAUGGUGCUGACUGGGCUGCCUCCACCGCCGCCCCUGAGGGCGCCGCCGCUGGCUGGUCCGCUGACGCCGCCGCUGCCCCCAACACUGAGGGUCAGUGGUAA